AUUCCUCCGUCUCCCAGUAAUGCCUUACCGUCCAGAAGCCGAGCUUAAACGUCCAGAUCUCAAGGGAGAGUUCCUGUGUGGCCACUGCGGCAAGACGUUCUGCCACGCCGCCUCGCUCAACCGUCACCGGCUCAACUUCCACGGCGACGAUCAACAGUGUCUGGUGUGUGACACGAAAAUCCCGCACAAUGACACAAUCCGUCGUCACAUGCAGAAGGAGCACAACAUUCAGCGGGUGUUCACGUGCGGCUGCUGCAAUUGGACGUUUCCCGACAAGAAGGAGCUGCACUCGCACAACAACUCGAUGCUCAAAACUGGAACGCCUGGCACGGCGAAGAUUAUUGCGGUUAGCAGUCGGCGACCAGGAUCCCUAUCCCAGCAUGAACUUCGUGGUGAGGAACGUAGUCCUCGCAUCAAGAAGAGACCUUCCUCGAAGGCUAUGAAGACGUCGGAUACACCGUUAACAGGCCACGAUCAGAUUCUGGCCCUUCUCUCAAAUCUGAUGUCGGCGCAGCAGCAGCAGCAGCAAGCUCCCGUGGCAACCCCGACGAUUCCUGCCAGCUGGAUCGACCAGCUAUUGGCAGCCACCCCGGCUCUCCUUCCCUUCAUGCCCUCUUCAUCGACAUUCUCGGCAUCCUCCUCGUCAUCUGAAAUGGAACAGACCCCUGAGCCAUCUUCCCUGGACACUGUGCUCACUUCGAUGAUGAAUAACAAUGAGGAGGCCGCCUCCACGAGCGGGGAGAUCAAGGAAGAAGAAGAAGAAGAAGAGGAGGUAGAUAUCGAUAUUGGAGAUGAGAAGGAUCUUCUUGUGAGAGCUGUGGGCGCUGACUUCUUGUCUGUAAAAACAGAGCAACCAAUCAGUAACUCAAUGAGCAGCGAAUCGGGUAUUGGCUCGGCGCCGGUCAGCAACACGCCGAGCCCAGUCGCAACGUCACCAGAGCGAAAGGAGGAGAACAUGGAUGUGGGGAGGGUGAAGAAGGAGAAGAAGUCGAAACGAUCCAUCGAUGAUAUCUGCUUUAAGCUCGUGUGCCAAAAGUCCUAUGAGCAUUGAAAAAUCUGAAAACUUUUCUUUUCUACUCUUUCACGUGGUGUCAGAGUGUCUCAUUUCGGUUUGAUCUACAAAAAAUGCGGCAGAGUUCUCAACUGAUUUUGGAUGGUUAAGAACGUGCUGACGUCACAUUUUUUUGGAUAAAAAUUCCCGCAUUUUUUGUAGAUCAAACCGUAGUGACACAGCCUGACACCACAUGCUCUUUUUCUCUCUCGCUUCCAAUUUCUCGUCGUCGGCUUUAUAUUUCCUACAUAGUUUGAUAUUUCAGCGCCUCUCCACUACUAUUCAAAUUGUUCAAAAUUCCGUAUUUUUGUUUUUGUUUCAUUUUUUUGCAAGUUCUGUUUGUGAUUUUUUUUAAACUUUUUUAAUUCCAAAAAUCGAGUCAACGUGUUUAAUAAAUUUUUUUAGUACCAA